CCUUCCCUCUCAUCCGAACCCUAAACCUAAAUCUAAACCCUAAACCCUUCCAGACCCUUCGUGUUUUCUCUCUCUCCAUCUCAGAUCCUUCUCCUCUCUCUCUCUCUGUGUUUUUCGGCCUCUCUGUCUCUGUUAGCUUCCAUCUCUGCUGUUCCAUCUUUAUCUCUACCGAUCGUCCCUGCCUCUCUCUUCCCUCUGUCUUAUCUCUCUCUAAACCCUAAAUUCUAAACACUUUGGAUCUCUAUCUUCGAUCCAUCUGAGAAACCCGAAACCCUUGAAAUCGACUCCUUCACAUCGUCUUUCUGAUGGAGAAGAUCAAGACGAAGCACAAACAAACCGUAAGACGAAGCAGAUGAAGCCGAAACUCCUAAACCACACACAAACCCUAAGACGAAGCUUGAGAUUGCUGAAAUCCAUCACGCAUCUUGAAAUCCAGUUGAACAGAGUAAAAGACAAUGAUAAAAAGGAGAUUCUAUAGGCAUGAACAUGGAGAUAGAAAUAGUGACUCUGAUUCUUCUUCAUCUUCUUCAGACUCUGAACUAGAGGCGGAAGCCGCUGAAGAAACAGAGGCAGAGGAUGAUGUUGCAGAAGUUAAAGAAUACCGCCAAUCUCACUCUUCUUUCUCUGGAUACAAGAGUGAGGAUAGCACCUCGGCAAAUGAAGUUGAUGUUGACUCAUCAGGUUUACUAACAAAUGAUGAUAACAUUUUUGUCAAAAGCCAGUCAUCUAGUAAAAGAGAUGCUGGAAUUGUGGGUAGGCUGUCUAACACCGUGGCUGAAAAGGAUUCAGUCCUAUCUGAAGUAGACUGCAUCUUGAAAUGUAAAUCAGUUUUUAGGUGCAAACUUUGUCCAAGAAUUGUUUGCUUGUCAGAGGAGACUUUGAAGACUCAUCUAAAAUCCAAGAGACAUGCCCGAUCUGAAAAGUUACUUAGUGAAGGGAGGCUGAAGCUCGUGCUCAACAGUGAUGGGGAAAUUGAGGAAGAAGAAGAAGAUGGAGAGACUCAUGCAGAGAGGCAUGCUCGAAUUGUAGCUGCUACACAGAAUUCAGCCAACUCAAAGAAAAAAAAUAAAGGACGGCAAAGACAGAGGAAGAGGUUAAAGAAGAAGGAAAAGGGUAAAGAUAAAAAUUUGGAUAAAGCCAAACAAUUAACAAAGAGUCCAGCCAAGAAAAGGCGUAAAAGCAAGAUUUGAAGCAUGUGAUAAGCUUGUUGCAUUCUGUGAUCCAGUCCACCGAAGCAAAAAAUGAAACAAAGAAAUGGCGUGUUUGUUUCUGCUAAGAGAUGGUUGGUAGCACUUGUUUAAUUCUAGAUUUUGUUUUCACCUAGCACAUGCAAACUGGAUUACCUAAUAUGUCAAUUAUGUUAGUUUUGCUUUUUCAACCCUGCCGCGGUUCGUGUUUGUAAUUUUGUGUUGGUAUUGUCCUUUCGUGUUUACAGAGAAUUACAUUUUUGGCAAUACAAUUUUGGCUUUGGCAAAUUGACAAAAAAAUACUCGGUGUAUGUAUUUGAGUUGAUUCUUGGUGAAAAUUUAGCAUAUGUGUUUGAUACUUGUCAAUA